AUGGCAACGCAAUCUGACCUCAUCACCUGCCACGUCCUCGACACCACCGCCGGCCGGCCCGCGCCCAACAUCACAGUGCGCCUCGAAGGCGCCGAGACCAAGGGCCAGCCCAACUCUGCAGCCCACACCUACACGUCCGUCACCGACGCCGGCGGCCGCAUCAACCUCUGGGAGCCCGCGCAGGGCGAAAACUCGUCUCUGGCCGAGACGCUCCGGGCCAUUGAGCGCAAGUCGCAGUGGCGGCUGACGUUUGACACGGAGCCGUACUUUGGCGGCGGCAGCAACGACACCUUUUUUCCCGAGGUCGUCGUCGUCUUUGGCGUCGACCCUGGCCAGAACUACCACGUGCCCCUGCUGCUGAGCCCGUUUUCGUAUACGACGUACCGCGGAAGCUAG